CACUGGCCAGAGCUGGAUUUCCGGCCCGCCCGGACACGCCAAGCCGGCUGGUGGUUGGCACUGCAGGUGAACUCGCUUUGAUUGGCCAGCAUACGCAGACAAACCGUGAUCAGUAUUGAUAAACUCAGCAUUCUCACAUUUUAUCCUCUCCUCCUCAAUACUCACCUACGUCAAGGUAGGAAAUCUAUACAAACCGACAUUACUUUCAUAAGAACCUUUCACCAACCGAUGGCUCUUUCAGCUGAAGCAAUUAUUGGUUUGGUAACCCUAUUGGUCAUGUGUCUUUGCGUUCCUGGCCUCUGGUCUUUCAUCCGCCGCAAUCAACUAUUUCGACAAACUAGAAAUGCUGCUCUCACGCUGGUACAACAUAAUCAAAUUCCUCAAAACAUGGUAAUUACAUCGCGCAACCAACCGCUUCUUCCGCUUUGGAGAGAACCGGCCACUUUUGGGAUGACAUACUAUAGAUACACAACAGAAAUCCGAAGUUACGAGAUGUACUCGACGCAACCCUGGCCCGACGACCCUACCAGCUCUUGAUAUUCACAUAUUUGUCGACGAUUGAACAUAACUUCGUGUAUGUUAGGAAUGUUAGGGCGCUAUAUCUACAUUGAUUUAUAGAUAUUCACAUGUAUACCUUGUUGCUUGCGAUCAGUCUGCUCCUUCCCCGCCACAUCAGGGAUGCUCAAAAGGAAAUAGACCGCUUUACUUUGCCCAUAUGAGGAUCAGUGAAACGAAGGUAGAGUGUGGUUAAAGCACUUAUUAUACAGUUCAAGGACGAUUUACCGUUAUUUUCAAAAUUUAUGAAAAAUUAUGGCA